AUGUCGGAAGAAGAACAACAACAAACAAACGAGAAGGUCAUCGACCUUGAAAAGAGAAUGUUUGUCGGAAACAUCGAUUAUGACACCACCGAAGAAGAGCUCAGGGAGUUGAUUACGGGCUUCGACAUCGAAGGCAUUGAGAUUCCCAAGAGGUUUUCUAGGCGAGUGGGAAAGUUGACUGGACGCGGUUUUGCCUUUGUGACAUUUGCCUCUAGCGAGGAAACUGCAAAGGCAAUCACCGAGUUCGAAGGCAAAAAUUUGAAAGGGAGAGACAUCUACUGUAAAUCUGCCAAACUCAAGUCAACUGAAGAGAAGACUAAGAAGAAGAAAGCCAACAAAAAGAAGACUUCCGCUGCUAAGAACAAUGAUGGAACCACCGAAGGUGUUACUAAUACUGCAGUGGAUGGGACUGAGGAGUCCCAAGCUGAUGUCAGUAGCAAUGCCGACUCCGCUUCCGAUUCUGUUGCUGAUUCGAAAGACAAAGAGAACAGCGCUCCCAAUGGCGGCAAGAAGAAGAAGCCUUACAGUAAGAAGAAACAAAAUCCACAUAAAGUUCCCCUUGAACAGGGUACGCCUUCAGAGACUUCGAUCUUCAUCCGUAAUUUGCACCAGGAGGUUGUCACUUCCGAACUGACGGAGUUCCUUUCUGAGUAUGACCCUCAAUGGGUUUCGAUCCCCAGAAGGAAUAUACCCCGUCAUGUUGUUCAAAAACUGAGGAAAGAGAACAUUCCGAUCAGGUCGCGUGGUAUGGCAUUUGUGAGAUUUGCCGACCACGAAACGCAACAACGCGCUCUCAAGGAAUUGAACGGUAAGGAAAUUAAGGGCAAACCAAUUAGCAUCGAUAUUGCCAUUGAUUCCUUCGUGAAGGAGGAACCUAAAGAAUCUAGCGUCAAAGAUGGUGCUGACGUUUCCAUCGUUACUGAUGGAGCUCAGCCGCAGGAUGAGGGAGAAGAGGGCAAGGUAGAGGAGGAAGUAAAGUCCGAGCCGCUCAAACCAUUGGAGUCAACCACCAUUGCUCCAGAAGUGCAAACUACUACAGUGUGA